GUGAGUUGAGUAAGGUUAAUUUUUAUUUAUUAUUUAUUUCACAUUUCAUAGCUCAUAGUAAUAUUUUCUUUGAACUGUAAAAAGUUAAGCGGUUAAACAAUAAAAUAAUUUUCUACACUCAUAACUUAUACUUGUUACAUAAAUAUCGCUGAAAUCAUGGCGCAACGAACGUUAACGUUCGUGACCGGCAACGCUAAGAAGUUAGAAGAGCUCCGGGCUAUUUUGGGUAAAACAUUUCCUUUGGAGUUGGUCAGCCAUAAGCUAGAUCUGCCAGAACUACAGGGUGAAGUUGAUGAAAUAUCUAUUAAGAAGUGUCAGGAAGCGGCGCGCCUUUUAAAGAGACCCGUCAUAGUUGAAGAUACCUGUCUAUGUUACAAUGCUUUGAAAGGUCUCCCAGGACCGUACAUCAAAUGGUUUUUAGAGAAAUUAGAGCCAGAGGGUUUAACAAAGUUAUUAGCAGGAUGGGAGGAUAAGUCUGCUCAAGCUAUAUGCACUUUUGCAUAUAGUUCUGGAGAAAGUGAAGAUGCUGAAGUGAUCUUGUUCCAAGGAAUAACAAAAGGUGAAAUUGUUGAACCACGAGGCAGAAGGGACUUUGGCUGGGACUGUGUGUUCCAACCCGAGGGUUAUGACAAGACUUAUGGAGAGUUAGCAAAAGAAGUGAAGAACACAAUAUCUCACAGAUAUAAGGCUUUGGACAAGCUAAGAAAACACUUUGAACAGAAUGGGUAAAUAGUAAUUAUUGAAUCUUUGUCAAAAAUAAUAUUGAG